AUGACCAUCGUUUCUGCCAAGCCGACGCUGCCGCUGCUUACGCCCAUGGCGGCGGCGACGAUCCAAGACCACGUGGCAGCGCUGCGAACUGCGUUCCGCAACGGCGCAAUGCGUCCGCUGGCCGCGCGCAAAGCGGCCCUGAUCCAGCUCCAAACACUCCUCACCGAGGGUUGCGAGCUGCUCCAAUCGGCGAUCUGGGCCGACUUGCACAAGCACGCGACCGAGACGUAUGUGACCGAGACGUCGGUCGCGCUCCUCGAGAUCCAAGAGCAUUUGGAUUCGAUGGACGAGUGGGCGGCGCCCAAGCGCGUGAGCACCAACCUCCUCAACGUCCCUGGGUCGUCUUUCAUUCGCAGCGACCCGCUCGGCGUCUGCUGCAUCUUUGACACGUGGAACUACCCCAUCAUGCUCCUCCUCAUGCCGCUCAUCGGGUGCCUCAGUGCCGGCAACGUCGCGCUCGUCCGCCUCCCGACCGACGGCAGCUGCGACAACGUCGCGGCCGCGCUCGCGCAUCUCUUGGACAAGUACAUGGACCGCAACGUGCUGCGCUACGUCAAUGGUGGCAUUGAUGCCAACAAGGCGCUCCUCCAGGAAAAGUUUGACCUGAUCUUUUGCACCGGUGGCUGCACCAUCGGCAAGAUCGUCGCCCGCGCGGCCGCCGAGACGUUGACGCCCGUGAUUCUCGAACUCGGAGGCAAGUCGCCAGCGAUCAUCGAUGCGUCCAUUGACUUGCUCGUGACCGCCCGGCGUCUCGUCUGGGGCGCCUUUACCAACGCCGGCCAGACCUGCGUCCGCCCCGACUACAUUUUUGUCCACGCGUCCAUUGGGCCUGCGCUCGUCGCCGCCAUGAAGCAAGCGGCCGUCGACUUUUUUGGCGCAGACCCGCAAGCCUCCGACUCGUACGGCCGCCUCGUCAACAGCGCGCAGUUUGAUCGUAUUUGCCGCAUUUACGAAGCCGACAAGGCGUUUGCAGUGCACGGCGGGCAGUCGGACGCAUCGGAUCGGUUUUUUGGCCCGACGAUCUUCAACUUCGAGUCGGACUAUGCGACAUUUGCGUCGAGCGCGAGCAUGGAAGGCGAGCUCUUUGGCCCGCUUUUGCCCAUCUGUUACUACACAGACGUCAACGCGCCCAAGCCACUCGCGCUCUACGUCUUUAGCAAGAAGAGCGCGUUCCAAGAGCUAGUGCUUUCCAACACAACGUCUGGCAGCGUCUGCGUAAACGACACGAUGGUGCAGAUUUUAAACCCGAGUCUGCCGUUUGGCGGAGUCGGCAACUCUGGCAUGGGCGCGUACCACGGCCACAAGUCGUUUGAGGUCUUUAGCCACGCCAAGUCGGUGCUGUACAAGCACUUUAUUCUGGACAUUGCGCAGCGCUACCAGCCGUACACGCCUUUUGCGCGCCAGCUCUUUGGCCUUGUGAUGUACCCGGCUCCGCGUGCAUGGGUCAAGGCGCUGCAGCGUGCACUCUCGGUCGGUGUCGUCGGCCUUGUGCUCGCGCUCGUUUGGCGCCGCAAGGUUUUGGCUGCGUAG